AUGUUUGAGCUACUAACUGGACACGGCGUUGAUAACCUUCGUUCAAGUGAUGCGUUUAUUUAUCUCUUCAAGGGAUAUACUAUUGUGGGCACAAACCCACCAAUGGAUGCAGGCCCGCUUUACUAUAUUUGGUCAGCGUUUCUUAAUACGAAUGCCGUUAUAUUCUCACCAUUUCUUUGCGGUGUGGGUUACAUUUUAAAAUAUAUGCAACAUACCAUAGAAACUAUGCAGCUUCUCAUCGCAAUACAGGCCAGUCUGAAUGUGCUUGGCAUACCGCCAAAAAUUAUAAUUAUGACGUUAUCCUUGAAACGAUUACGUAGCAUGGAAUCCACUUUGGCACUUAUGGAUGCACGUUACGCAAAGCCCGAAGAUCUGAAAUUGAUACGUAAAUCAGCAAUUAUGGGCAAUAGAUUGGUCUUCGCUUUUGGUAUGGCGUACUUUUCAUACUGGCUGUUAACAGGAGCAUCCCGUUUAAUCAAUGGAAAAGUACCACUUUCACUGUGGAUACCCUUUUUGGACGAGAACCGGUCAUACUUCGAUUUUUGUUUGCAAUCAACGAUCGAUUUAUUUUUUAUGUUCUUCUUUUUAUUACACCAAGUCUUAAACGAUUCCUACGGAUCCGUAUAUAUUUGUGUUAUACGUGCACAUUUGCAACUGCUGGUACGUAGAGUUCAGCUAUUGGGUAGAAACGUCGAGAUGAGUAGCGAUGAUAAAAUUAAAGAGCUUGUGGACUGUAUUAUCACACAUCAACAGAUUUUAAAAUUGCUAGAGGUUAUCGAACCGAUUAUUUCGAAAACGAUGUUUACACAAUUUUUGAUCGCCGCUUCAAUAUUGUGCGUGACUAUGAUAAAUAUGUUCAUUUCUGAUGAUCUAAGUACUCAAGUCGCUUCAGGGACUUACUUUAUGUGCGUGUUACUGCAGAUAUCUCCAUGUUGUUAUUUCGCUUCAGAAUUGAUGGCUGAUAGCGAAAAGUUGCCCGAUGCCAUUUUUCAUUCCAAUUGGGUAGAGCAGGAUCGAUGUUUUCGCAAAAUGAUAAUUUAUUUUAUGCAUCGCUCUCAGUUGUCAAUCCAAUUGACGGCCAUGAAGUUGUUUUCCAUCAACGUGGCUACAAAUGUUUCGAUUGCUAAAUUUUCAUUUACACUAUUUACUUUCAUAAAAGAAAUGGGUAUCGGCCAAAAUGCAAAAAAAUAAAGGCAUCAAG